AUGCAAGACAGUGGGGCUGAACGGCCUCGCCCCGCCUCCGCAUGCGGGGAAGCCUGGGGUUGUGGAUCAAGGUCCGGGCUUGAAUCAGGCAGGGGUGAGGGCGACGAUGAUGACGAUGGUGAUGACGAUGGCGGCGUUUGUCCAUUUGAUCCGUCGGUUCCGAUAGACAACGAUACUCCCGACAGCGGAGGGUCCGUUCCCAUUGUCGGACCACCCGGAUCCGGGUGCGAAAAUGGCUGCUCUCCCGACCAGUUCUCCACUGUCACGGCCUCGCCGCCAACCGCGACCUCGACCUCGAGCCAGACACCAGGUCCAACACCACCUGCUGACCCGGACCUUCCCGUUGUACCUCCCGCCACUGCACCGUACUGCUUCGGCGAGCACAACGAGGACGGCCGGUGGCGGCUCUUCUCGCAGGAUCAGGCCAACGACAUCCUGGAUGACAUAUGCAACGUCGGCGACGUCCUACCGCCCUCCAAUACCUUCGGAUACGCCUUCCGCGGCGACGGCGGCAUCCUGGCAUCCGUCACCUGGGUCGACGAUCAGUCAGGCUGCCAGCCGAAAACGGACGUACCCAUUAGGUGGGACAAUUGGUGCCUCGACACCUUUCGCGAACUCUUGCAGACCUGUGAUCCUUUCCCCGGAGAUACAGGCGCCCGCGGUAGUGCUUUCAUAGAUAACUCGCAGUACGGGUGCGUGCGCUGGUGGAUCGCGUCCGACUCGUUGGAGAAUCUGAGGCUGCGCUUGAGCCGCGCUGCUGUGCGUAGAGCAGUGACAAUGGUGGUGGGAGUGGAAGUGGAGGCGGUUAAGGCAGAGUUGGAUGCGAUAGAGCCGGCGCUGCCGAGAUGGGACAGGCGGCCCAGCGUAGACGGUAGAAAUUAG